UGAUUGCCUCAACUCUACAAUUUAUCUCGAGUACUCGGCCCUACCUACUUCAUCUGCCUUUCCUGUACAUUAGGAGGUAGUUUUAUCAUUUAGAUCCAUCUCUCCCUCCCGGCACCCCGCUCGAUAGAAUCUUCCAUCCUUUCACAGAUUUAGUUACGUCUUAGCAUUAAGAUAUCGUCCAUCAUAACUCUACCGCAAUCUCGACAUUGCUCUUACUUCGAGUCCUUCUUUAUUCCGUCGAGUUACCGCCGCUCUCUUUUCUCGUCUUGAUGUGAUCCGACGAUCGUUUCAUUAACUCUCGUCACUCCUCUUCCGUCUGAAUACUCCUUUCGACCACUCCGCGUUGACGUCUUCAAUAUGCUGCGACGGCCUCCUGGCGAGGGACGGCUCGUCGCUCAGCAGCGGAAGGUUCUGCUCGCCUUAGCCGUUUUCCUCCUUCCCUGGCUUCAGCUUGUAGAUGCUCAGCAGCAGCAGCAACAACAACAUCGGCAGCAGUCACCCCCGGAGCGAGCUCCCGUUGCCAACAUCCUAAACGACUACGAUGACAAAGUAGCCGUGAAUAAACAUGCCGUCCACGGCCGAGACGUUUCCGGUCUCCGACACGAACCCGCCUUCGGUACUGAGCGAGUCGUGGGCAACCUUGCCGCGACUCCCGCUGCCGCCGCACCCUCCUCUAAACCACGUAGCGCGCACGAGAACUCAGCCAUCGGCCGCAGGAACAUUGUCAACACCGAUAGAAAGCGGUUCGGAAAUGUACCUAUUCCUAACGAUGCGAGCGCCCUCGCGACUUUGGCUCCGGCUCCGCCCGUUCGAGCACCAAAUUCUCCAAGACAUCUGCCCAGCCUGCUAGCCGGCGCUGGGCUUUCCACGCCGCAGACUGCGCGGAGUCUGGAGAGAUGGGAAGUAGAAGACUACAUUCUUCUGGCGACCGUCGAUGGACAUCUUUACGCUGUCAACCGCGAAUCCGGCGACGAGCGCUGGCACCUCCAAGUUGAGCAGCCUAUCGUCGAAACCAUUCAUCAUCGCCCCAACAGUUCCGUGAACGACGGGCGUGGAAACCGUGAACGUCAUCCCCUCGAUGAUUACGUCUGGGCCGUAGAGCCCACUCAUAAUGGUGCCCUUUACGUAUGGACGCCGUCAGGCUUUGGUAGUGGUCUGAUGAGCACGGGCUUAACUAUGAAGCAGUUGGUGGAGGAAUUCGGAUCUUACGCUGUCCAGAACCCGCCCGUAGUUUACACCGGCCACAAGAAGACUACCAUGAUCACGCUAGAUGCCGCUACCGGACGCGUGCUCAAGUGGUUUGGGCAGGCCGGCUCCCAGGUUGACCAGAGCGCCACCUGCUUUCCUCCGAAUGGGCGCUUCGUCGACGCGGACAGCGAGGAAUGUAGCGACAGCGGCACCAUCACGCUUGGCCGGACGGAGUACAUCGUCACCAUACACCGCUCGGACGAUGGCAGCGAGAUUGCCACGCUCAAAUAUGCCGAGUGGGGUCCGAACAACUUUGACAAUGACCUGCACCAGCAGUACCGCGCCACUCAGGACAACCGUUACUUUACUAGCCAGCAUGACGGCAAGGUCUAUGCGCUCGCCUAUCCCGCGGGAGUCACGUCGUUUGCCCUCCAAUUCUCCGUUCCGGUCGCCCGUGUCUUCGACAUCGCUAGGCCGCAGGAUGCUCCGCACGGCAGCAAUCCCGAACUCGUUCUACUCCCCCAGCCGAUUCCCCCCACCCGAGAUGAGGACUCCGCCCGCGCCCGAAGUCAUAGCGUCUUCCUCAACCAGACCGAAACCGGAAGCUGGUACGCUAUGUCUGGCUGGUCGUACCCUCUGAUCGUCGAUGCCCCCGCGGCUAAGCUUGGUCGUGUGAACAGGUGGGAAGACGACAUUUCUUGGGAUGAUCUCGACGCGCUUUGGAUAAACAAGGCGUUGGUUGGUACGCACGUGCUCGGAAAUGCAAGGAGCGUUUCGCAGUGGCCGCCGACUUUGCCGGCGAGCCUCCCCUCCCACCCUUUCCCGCCGGAAUCCGACAACGACGACAACGAGUCGGCGGUGCCGAGCCCGUUUCCUGAUGCGGAGACCGAGUCUCCGGGCGUCAUGAACACGGUCAUCGCUCUUCCCCAAUAUGCCGCCGAUAAGACGGUCGAUUUUUUUAUGAACCCUGUCCUCUUUCCCGUUCUCGUCUAUCUCUUAUUUCGAUACUACAAAGACCUUGUCAGAUGGAUUAGACGGGUCGUCAAACCGAAGGAGUAUCUUGAUGACCUAACAUAUGUGCCCUCGACGGAUUCUAGCACUAGCCCGCCCCGGGAGGUCGUUCUCGAUAAGGCUCAUACGCCUGACCCGGUUGCGGGCGAGAAGCAGGAUGAGCCGACGUCGGUCGAGGUGAAGAACGUUGAUAAACUCGCCCCCCCUACCGUAUCUGUCGCGGAAGUUGAACCGACGGACCUAGAAGGGGAUCGUGACCAGCAGCAGACCGAGGGAGAGUCUCCGGAGAAGAAGAAGAAAGCGCAUCGCGGUCGGAGAGGCGGCGUCAAGCAUCGGAAAGGGGCGAAGAAACAACGCGACUCGUCCGAAACUCCGGGGGAAAAGAUCUCGGAUGCUGGAGAGGGGAUCCCCGGUCUUCAGAACGUCGGCAUGCCGUCUAAGCUGGAGCCGAACAUCACGACGAUGAGCAACAACCCGGAGGACGUGAGCAGUCCCAUCGUCAAGAUAGAUGGUAUUGAGGUCAACCAGGAUGAGCAGCUCGGGAUGGGUAGCAACGGUACUGUUGUCUUCGCCGGAAAGUUCCAUGGGCGAGACGUCGCGGUCAAGCGUAUGCUCACCCAGUUCUGGGAUAUCGCAUCUCAGGAGACCCAGUUAUUGCUGGAGAGUGACCAUCACCCUAACGUAAUCCGAUACUUCGCUAUGUCGAAGAAUGACAGUUUCUUGUAUAUUGCGCUGGAGCUUUGCCAGGCUUCCCUAUCAGACAUCGUCGAGAAGCCGGCCAUGUAUCGAGAUCUUGCCCAGGCCGGCGAGAUGGAUUUACCUCGAGUCCUCCUGCAGAUCGCGCAUGGUCUGGGAUUUCUUCACGACCUUCGCAUCGUCCAUCGUGAUCUGAAGCCGCAGAAUAUCUUGGUUACCAUGGGAAGAGACGGGAAGCCGCGGCUUCUCGUGUCUGACUUUGGAUUAUGCAAGAAGCUCGAAGGCGGGCAGUCGUCUUUUGGCGCGACUACGGCUCACGCCGCCGGUACCUCGGGCUGGCGUGCUCCCGAGCUUCUCCUCGAUGACGACGCGCGGGAAAGCUCGACAAUGUCCAUGGCUAGCACGCACAGCGAUUCAAGCCAGCUGGUCAGUGCCGACGUGAUGCCCAACCGCCGCGCCACUCGCGCGAUCGAUAUUUUCAGUCUCGGUCUCGUCUUCUUCUACGUGCUCACCAAGGGACUGCAUCCUUUCGACUGCGGCGAUCGCUACAUGCGAGAAGUCAACAUACGAAAAGGCCAGUUUAACCUCAAACCUCUCGACGUGUUGGGCGACUUCGCCCACGAAGCCAAAGCAUUGAUCGAGACGAUGCUUCGAGCUGACCCUAGAGCCCGGCCUUCGGCUAAGGACGUCAUGUCCCACCCUUUCUUCUGGUCGCCGAAGGAAAGGCUGGCCUUCCUCUGCGACGUAUCGGAUCACUUUGAACUCGAGCCCCGUGACCCGCCAUCCGAGGCGCUGAUGACGCUGGAGUCGUGCGCGCCCCAAGUGUGCCGGGGUGACUUUCUUAAACUUCUACCGAAGGAGUUCGUAGAGAGCCUCGGCAAGCAACGAAAAUAUACAGGCUCCAGGCUUCUAGAUUUACUACGGGCGCUUAGAAACAAACGGUUCCAUUACGGAGACAUGAGCGAGCCUCUCAAAAAGAUGGUUGGACCUUUGCCUGACGGAUAUCUGAGUUUCUGGACUCGGCGUUUCCCAAACUUGCUGAUUAUAUGCUGUACGGUCAUUUACAAAUUGAACCUGGAGGAAUUGGAUAGCUUCAAGGAGUACUUCAAGCCAAGGACACCCCUAUGACCCUUGAGCGCGUAGCUAAGCAGUAUCUAAGUAGCAGCUAAUGAAUGAUGAUGAGCUCUAUAGAACCCAA